AUGCGUGUCAUUUUCUUUUGGUCGGUCCUUCUGGGUCUAGCAAACGCGGUACCAGCAGGCCAUACAUCUUCUAUCGAGAAGAGAGCAGACCCAUACAAACCUCCUCGCAAUGCCAUAUAUGUACAGACAUUCAGAACAACCUCUGGCGACAAGCUCUCUCUGCUGCCACUUGUCGAGCAGAAGACAGAUGUCACGCACAUCUACCUGAGCGCUGUGCAUGUCAAUGAGGAACCAGGAGACAUUAACCUCAACGAUGACAACGUGAACAGCACUGUUUGGGAUACCGUCUGGCAAGAAGCUGCACAAUUACAACAACGUGGAGUGAAAGUCAUGAUGAUGCUUGGAGGUGCCGCUCCAGGCUCAUAUCCACGACUUUGCAGUGGAGCCAAUGGAGCAGUUGAUGAUUCGUACUACGUACCGCUUCGUAAUACCCUCAAAUUUCACAAUGUCGAAGGGCUCGACCUCGACAUCGAGGAGCGCGUGCCGUAUACCUGCCCACUGAAUCUACUACGCCGACUACAUGCCGACUUUGGACCCGAUUUCAUCUUGACAAUGGCACCAGUGGCGUCAGAACUCCAGCCAAACCCCAUCGGUCUCGGCGGCUUUAGCUACAGGACUCUUGACGCAGAAGCCAACGCUUCAGACAGGCCCAAUGGCAAACUUGUCAAUUGGUACAAUUGCCAAUUUUACAAUGGCUGGGGUGACGCGAGCCGACCGAACGGAUACAACUCCAUCAUCGCAAAUGGCUGGGCUGCAGAUCGCGUAGUCAUGGGCGUACUCGAUUCCCCGAACGAUGGCGGAAGUGGCUGGUACGGCGUUAGCACAUAUCAAAAGACCAUCGCAACUUUGAAGGCCAACUACGAAAACUUCGGAUCGGUGGUAGGAUGGGAAUACUGGGAUGCUGGCAUCAAGGACGGCUACAAAGAGCCUUGGCAAUGGGUUGCGGCUAUUGGUCAAAGUGUUUUCGCUGGAAGACCUGGAACUGCUAACAGGGACAAAGGUGGCGACUCUGGUCCCAGCCCGUGGCCAGUGUUGACGGACCAGCUGGAGGCACUGGGUGUUGAAAAGCUGUUGGCUGUGAGAGCAUUGAAUAUAAGCGAUGGUAGCUUAUCGGGUGCUCUGCAGGUCUUGGGUCUAUCAGACGUCUUGCCUCUUUAA